AUGAAGCAUCCGGGAACAUUCAAAGUGGAUUUCAACAAAUGCAUAUACCAUUCACUGACUGAAGAAAUUUUUGAGGAAAGGUGGAACCAUUUAGUGGUGAAGUAUUAUUUGAAAAGUCAUUCAUGGUUGCAAGGAUUGUAUUUGUUGAAGGAGAAAUGGAUCUCGGCGUACACUAAGAGUACAUUCUCUGCGGGUCAGAACACUACAUCGAGGAGUGAGGGAAUGAAUGCAUUCUUUGAUAGCUAUGUUAGUUCUUGUACGGGUUUGAAGGAAUUUGUUGAGAACGCUCAAAAAGCUAUCGAAAGACAAUUCAUGCGGGAGAAGGAGGAGGAUAAUGACACGAAGAAUAAAACCCGUUACAUGAGGUUGAAGACGGCUUUGGAACUAGACGGGGCCUCCGUGUAUACGAAGGAGAUGUUUCGCCAAUUUCAAGUUCAAUUGGUAGAAGCUUCUAAAUACUUUGUGGAGAAAGAUAAAGAUCACCUCACGUUAGGGGAUGAAGUCACAAAUUAUAGGUGUUUUAGACCCCUCACCGAAGUUGACAAAAGAACAAUGUAUGAAGUAAAGUUCAACAAAGUGGCCCUAACGGGAACUUGUGUGUGUCGAAUGUAUGAACAUUUGGGAAUCCCGUGUCGACAUAUCAUUGCCGUUUUAAACAAGAAAAAUGUUGGCAAACUACCAGUUACAUUUAUUAAGCGUCGUUGGACGAGAGAUGCUAAUAGGGUAGAUGGUAUGCUACUGUAUGCUACCGCUUGCGAUGAUCCAACAUCUACAGACUUGACACCAACUCAAAGAUUCAACCAUAUGACCUUGUUAACAAUGAGUUUUUGUCAUAGUAGCAUGGUUUCGAAAGAAAGAUAUGAGUAUGCCCUAGAGGUGAUGAAUCGAGAAAUUGCAAAUUUUGAGAAAAUAGGCGUUGAUGUUGUUCCUAGUACAAGUACUGAGAUUCCCAUUGAAGAAAAUAUUGGUGAUGGCUUGAACGACCCGGUAUUUGACCCUAUAGUGUCUCAAACAAAGGGUAGGAAGAAGCCACAACGUUUCAAAAAUCCAAUUGAAGCCCUUAGUAAAAAAAGAGGAAAUGCAAAAAAUGUAAUGAAGAAGGCCAUGACAUACGGACUUGCAAAAAGUUAG